AUGACCUCCCAAAUCCUGAAAACCAUAACUCGCCGCCCAUCAGGCACAAUAGCCCACCUUACAAUAUCCCGCCCGUCCAAACUAAACGCCCUAAACACCCCCCUCCUCCUCUCCCUCCCCUCAACUCUCAAAUCCAUAGCAUCAAGCAACAGAGACCUUCUCGCCGUGGUCCUCACCGGCGCCGGACCCAAAGCAUUCAUCGGCGGCGCCGACAUCGCCGAAAUGGCCUCUCUAGCCUCACCCUCCGCAGCACGGGAAUUCAUCACCAAGGUCUCUGAUGCUUGUAGCGCAGUGCGCGAAUGUCCGGUCCCCGUCAUCGCGCGCGUAAACGGGUACGCACUCGGCGCGGGAUUAGAGAUCGCCGCGUGUUGUGAUUUUAGGGUUGCGAGUCGAAAUGCGGUCUUUGGGAUGCCCAAGGUAGGUAACUCUAGUUAUAUUUUCUCUGUUCUAUGUUUCAGGGAGAAGUUUCUAUUCACGCUACCUUUUUCAAAGCUGACGAAGAAGGUUCGCGUUGGCAUUCCUAGUGUUGUCGAGGCGGCGUUACUUCCUGGACUGAUUGGAUGGGGCCGGGCGAGACGACUUCUCAUGCUUGGGGAGAAUAUUGAUGCUGAGGAGGCGCUGAGAUGGGGGCUUGUGGAGAAGGUUGUUGAGGUGGAGGAAUUGGAUGGUGCUGUAGAGGGGUGGUUGGGUCUCUUGGAUGGGAAUGGACCUUUGGCUGUGCGGAAGCAGAAGGCUUUGAUGAGGAUUUGGGAGAAUGAGUCGCUGGAUCGGGCUAUUCGGGCCGGGAUUGAUGCCUUUGGAGAGUCUUUUGUGGCGGAUGCGCAGGAGAGACGGAACCGAGCACGAUGA